AUGGCUGUCUCUUUGCCACCCACCCUGGGACUCAGUUCCGCCCCAGACGAACUCCAGCACCCACAUAUUAAAUUUUCAGAUUGGAAAUUUAAGCUAUUCAGGGUGAGAUCCUUUGAAAAGGCACCUGAAAAUGCCCAAGGGGAAAAGCAAGAUUCCUCCGAAGGGAAACCCUCUCUAGAGCAAUCUCCAGCAGUCCUGGACACGCCUGGUGGUCAGAAAUCAGCUCUGACUCAACUGGCAUUGAAGCCCCACCCAAAGUUUCUGAAGAAAUCCCAUGAUGACAGGAAAGCAAGAGACAAAGCCAUGCACCAAGCCAACCUGCAACAUCUCUGCCGCAUCUGCGGGAAUCCUUUCAAAGCCGAUGGGCACAAUAGGAGAUACCCAGUCCAUGGGCCUGUGGAUGGUAAAACCCAAGUCCUUUUACGAAAGAAGGAAAAGAGGGCCACGUCCUGGCCAGACCUCAUUGCCAAGGUUUUCCGGAUCGAUGUGAAGGCUGAUGUGGACUCGAUUCAUCCCACUGAGUUCUGCCAUAACUGCUGGAUCUUCAUGCACAGGAGGUUUAGCAGUGCCCCGUGUGAGGCUUACUCCCCAAGGAAUGCAACCAUGGAGUGGUCCUCCCACACAACACCCUGUGACAUCUGCCACAUUGCCCGUCAGGGACUCAAGAGGAAGGGUCAUCAGCCAAGCGCGCAGCUCAGCAAAAAACUCAGAACUGUGAUUGCCCAAGCUCGAGAAGUCCGUCGGCGCAAGAGGAGAGCCCAGGCCGGGAUCAGCAGCAAGGAACUGAAGAAGAAAAUCGCCAACUGCAGUAAGAUACAUCUCAGUACCCAGCUCCUGGCACUGGACUUCCCGGCGCACUUUGUGAAAUCUGUCUCCUGCCAGGUUUGUGAACACAUUCUGGCGGACCCUGUAGAGACCAGCUGUAAGCAUGUAUUUUGCAGGAUCUGCAUUCUCAGAUGCUUCAAAGUCAUGGGAAAUUAUUGUCCUUCUUGCCGGUACCCCUGCUUCCCUACUGACCUGGAGAGUCCAGUGAAGUCUUUUCUGAGCAUCUUGAAUUCCCUGAUGGUGAAAUGUCCAGCCAAAGAGUGUAAUGAGGAGGUCAGUUUGGAAAAAUAUAACCACCAUGUUUCAAGCCACAAGGAAUCGAAAGAGACUUUCGUGCAUAUUAAUAAAGGGGGCCGGCCCCGCCAGCAUCUCCUGUCCCUGACCCGGAGGGCUCAGAAACACCGUCUGAGGGAGCUCAAGCUGCAAGUCAAGGCUUUCGCUGACAAAGAAGAAGGUGGAGAUGUGAAGGCGGUGUGCCUGACCUUGUUCCUGCUGGCUCUGAGGGCAAGGAAUGAGCACAGACAAGCCGACGAGCUGGAGGCCAUCAUGCAGGGACGGGGCUCCGGCCUGCAGCCGGCUGUUUGCUUGGCCAUCCGUGUCAACACCUUCCUCAGCUGCAGCCAGUACCACAAGAUGUACAGGACUGUGAAGGCCAUCACAGGCAGGCAGAUCUUCCAGCCUUUGCACGCCCUUCGGAGUGCUGAGAAGGUCCUUCUGCCAGGCCACCACCCCUUCGAGUGGCAGCCACCUCUGAAGAACGUGUCUUCCAGCACUGACGUGGGCAUUAUUGAUGGACUGUCUGGACUGUCCUCCUCUGUGGAUGACUACCCGGUGGACACCAUCGCCAAGCGCUUCCGCUAUGAUUCAGCUUUGGUGUCUGCUCUGAUGGACAUGGAAGAAGACAUCCUGGCGGGCAUGAGAGACCAAGACCUUGAGGACUACCUGAAUGGCCCCUUCACCGUAGUGGUGAAGGAGUCUUGUGAUGGGAUGGGAGACGUGGGUGAGAAGCAUGGCAGUGGGCCAGCAGUUCCGGAGAAGGCAGUUCGGUUUUCCUUCACGAUCAUGAAAAUCACCAUCGCUCACGGGUCACAGAAUGUGAAGGUGUUUGAGGAAGCCAAGCCUAACUCUGAACUGUGUUGCAAGCCCUUGUGCCUCAUGCUGGCAGAUGAGUCUGACCACGAGACCCUGACGGCCAUCCUGAGCCCUCUCAUUGCCGAGAGGGAGGCCAUGAAGAGCAGCAGAUUAAUGCUUGAGAUGGGAGGCAUCCUCCGGACUUUCAAGUUCAUCUUUAGGGGCACCGGGUAUGAUGAGAAACUUGUCCGGGAAGUGGAAGGACUCGAGGCUUCCGGCUCAGUCUACAUUUGUACCCUUUGUGAUGCCACCCGCCUGGAAGCCUCUCAAAAUCUUGUCUUCCACUCCAUCACCAGAAGCCACGUUGAUAAUCUGGAACGCUAUGAGGUCUGGCGUUCCAACCCAUACCAUGAGACGGUGGAGGAACUGCGGGACCGGGUGAAGGGGGUCUCGGCCAAACCCUUCAUUGAGACGGUCCCUUCCAUAGAUGCACUCCACUGCGACAUCGGCAACGCAGCUGAGUUCUACAAGAUUUUCCAGCUGGAGAUAGGGGAGGUGUAUAAGAACCCCAGUGCCUCCAAAGAGGAGAGGAAAAGAUGGCAGGCUGCCUUGGACAAGCACCUCCGGAAGAAGAUGAAUCUGAAACCAAUCAUGAGGAUGAAUGGCAACUUUGCCAGGAAGCUCAUGACCAAAGAGACGGUUGAAGCAGUUUGUGAAUUAAUUCCCUCCGAGGAGAGGCACGAAGCUCUGAGGGAACUAAUGGACCUUUAUUUGAAGAUGAAACCCGUCUGGCGAUCAUCAUGCCCUGCUAAGGAGUGCCCAGAAUCCCUCUGCCAGUAUAGCUUCAAUUCACAGCGUUUCGCUGAGCUCCUCUCCACCAAGUUCAAGUAUAGAUACGAGGGCAAAAUCACCAAUUAUUUUCACAAAACCCUGGCUCACGUCCCUGAAAUUAUUGAGAGGGAUGGCUCCAUUGGGGCCUGGGCAAGUGAGGGAAACGAGUCUGGCAACAAACUGUUUAGGCGCUUCCGGAAAAUGAAUGCCAGGCAGUCCAAGUGCUACGAAAUGGAAGAUGUCUUGAAACAUCACUGGUUGUAUACCUCCAAAUACCUGCAGAAGUUUAUGAAUGCUCAUAAUGCAUUGAAAACUUCAGGGUUUACCAUAAACUCCCAGGGAAGCUUAGGGGACUCACUAGACCUAGAGGACUCUCCGGAAUCUCAAAAUUCAAUGGAAUUUUAA